UCCGUCUAUUUAAGAAUCCGGAUUCUCUAUUUAAAGGUGACCGAUCCCAUUGCCAUCCGUGAACGAAGACGGAUCUCAUUCGAAUCGAUCCGAGAGGGGGAGAGAGAAUGUCGACUCUAACGUUUCCAGCAUCGAUUCCUUCUCCAAAUGAAGAUGCGGAACAGCUCCGAAAAGCAUUUACAGGAUGGGGAACAAAUGAGAAGUUGAUCAUAUCCAUUCUAGGUCACAGGAAUGCAGCGCAACGCAAGUUAAUUCGUCAGGCUUACUGCGAAACAUAUGGAGAGGAACUCCUAAAAGCACUAGAAAAAGAACUUACAAGCGACUUUGAGAGAGUGGUACUGCUGUGGACAUUGGAUCCUGCUGAACGUGAUGCUUUGUUGGCCAAUGAAGCUACAAGGAAAUGGCAUUCUAGCAACCGUGUUCUUAUAGAAAUAGCUUGCACGAGGUCUUCUAAAGAAUUACUUAUUGUGAGAGAAGCCUAUCAUGCACGUUACAAGAGGUCUCUGGAAGAAGAUGUUGCAGCUCACACCGUGGGUGACUUCCGCAAGCUUUUGGUGCCUCUUGUAAGUGCUUAUCGUUAUGAGGGAGUAGAGGUUAACAUGACCGUGGCAAAAUCGGAAGCCAAGAUGCUGCACGAAAAGAUUGCGGAGAAGGCUUACAAUCAUGAGGAAAUCAUCAGGAUCCUGACCACACGGAGCAAAGCACAACUCAGUGCAACACUCAAUCAUUACCACACUGCAUAUGGAAAUGAAAUCAACAAGGACUUAAAGGCGGAUCCGAAAGAUGACUUCCUUGCAGCACUGAGAGCCGUGAUCCGGUGCUUCACAUGUCCUGAAAAAUAUUUUGAGAAGGUUCUUCGAUUGGCGAUCAACAAGACAGGAACAGACGAGGGGGCUCUUACUAGGGUCAUUACCACGAGGGCAGAAGUGGAUUUGAAGGUGAUAAAAGAAGUAUACUACAAAAGGACCAGCAUUCAGCUUGAUCGCGCCAUUAUCAAGGACACUUCGGGUGACUUUGAGGAUAUGCUUCUCGCCUUGGUUGGACAUGGUAGCACCUGAAAUGUCUUGUUUCUCAGUGGAUGCUUCGAGACGGCUGGUAGGCCUUUAUCCUACUAUCUGGUAUAUAGUAUGUCCGUAUGUUUGAUCCAGCAUAUGCAUAUAUAUCUGCGUGUCUGUGUGUUGUCGAAGCAACGUUGUCAUCCUUUGGCCAUUUUCUCUGCACGGCCCUUCUGGUUUCGAUGCAGGAAUAAGGCUUUUACGUGUGUGGCAUAUGACUUUCGUUCGUGAUUUUGUUAUAGUGUGUCUGAGACUUGGGUGUUUUUUAGCUUUUUCUAUGAAAUAAGGUUUGAAGUUCCACUGUC